CAUAAACAGAGCAGAUCCACCAGACAGCAGUCCGCACAAACAAGACUUGCUGUAAGACCUCAAACUUGCAUGACUGUUGAGUUUCACUGGACUACAAUAACCCUGAUCACAAAAGCUUUUCCUGGCACACCUUGGCACCAACCUGUGUGCUGCUGCAGAAAAUGCUUCCUGGAUUACCAUUAUUUCCAGACACAAGCCACGCUGUCAAAAUGCUGGCGAUUAUUGAGCAGUGGGACGAGAGGUCUGGCUGUCAGGCAGACAAAAGUGAAAAGUAUCUGUUACUAAUUGUUGUUAAGUUGGGAAUGGAUGCAGCAGUCUUUUACCUAUGUUGCCGGAAGAUUUCUACUUCCUUUUUCUACAUGUGCAGCCUGUCCAUGGUCCUAGCUGACUUAGUGAUGGCAGUUUGUAUGUCUGCUCUGUGGUUUCUUGGAGCUGAAAAGUCUUCUGUGUGUUAUUUUUUGGCUCAUAUCUCGGCAACAUUUGCAGCACUGCCACUGCCGAUGAUGUGCUUUGGUUUAUUGGACUACUGUACAGAAGACACCUGCCUUGGCAUUAAGAGAGUCAUCUGCAAAUUCCUCAGGAACGUGGUAUUGACAGUGCUGGUGUGGAUGCUUGCUGUUCUUUACUCCUUCGCUUCUACGAAUGCGGAGCUGAUGUUACUGGUUUACAAAACAGGGGUAAAGGCCUCCGUUUGUGAAGUACAGGAGUCUAUGUUAGUUACCUACUUCGUUUUGGGGCUUUUCAUCAUCAUUAUUUUUACAAUGCUGCCCUUUUGUUCAAGCAUUCCCCGAUGGGUGACAGAGGUUGACAGGUUGUCUGAACUGAGGGAAGAACAAGAGAACCACAGGAGCGAUUUGUUCACCUCAACCCCAUCAACAGAGACAAAAAGCAUUAAGGACAACUAUCUGGAGGACACCAUCAAGCCACGGCCACCUCUGUGGUUUAGUUUAACUCUGGGCUUCAGUACAUUUUGGAUGCCAUAUCUCACAAUGUCUGUGGUUUGUCUGGCUUUUGGCUUUGGAGUACCUGCCUACAUCAAUGUCAACCUUCUCCUGCUUGAGUGCACCAACAGUUUACUAAUGGGUCUGGUGUUCUGGGUAAAGAGCAAGUCCUUUGGGCCAUAUAGCCAUGUACCAGAGAACGUGUGCUUAUGGCACGUUUACUGGCAUUUGAGCAAAGGAACAUGGCAGCAGCAUCUCCCCACAGCUGUGUUUAACCCAUCAAAAGAGAAGAGACUCUCUCUGUUCUAUGUGUAAUGGCAACGGUUAUCAUUUACAUUACAGCCCACAGCAAAUAUUAAACUUAUUAUACAGGGAAGUCAAAUAAGACUCUUUCUUCACUUACAGAGGAAACAAGUCUUUGAAAGGAAAUGCUACAUCACUAAACAGCACAUGCACAGGUUCCAUCUGGAGCCAACAUGUAAACAAGAAAUGGAAAAGACAAGAGACUGUGAACGGACUUUUAAAUGAAGAAAUGAACUGCAAAAGAUCGUGGAAAAUGUUUGUAAAUAUUUCCUAAAAACAAAUACAGUCUAUAUUAUCUUGAUUAAUUUUGUAUUUGUCUAUCACACGGCCCUAUUUAUAGAUAAUUUUAUACUCCAGGGAAAUGUUAUGCUGCUUUCGAAAUGCUUCACAAUAAAAAAUAUUCUAAAAUACA